UGUAGUCCGAUGACUGAACCGGAAAUGUAGUCCGAUGUCUCGCAACUAAGGGAAGACGGAUAUCAAAUCAGAGCCGCAACAUAAACACACGAAAUAUCGACCACGUCAGUAGUCUGGUCUCAGCUAGGGACCCUUUCCUUCGUUUACAAAGCGUCUGGCCCGCUGUCUUCGUGCUUUGACGGGUAGUUCGGCGGUGUUAUUGAACUUCCCUCACCGUCUCCCGAGCGUGUUUUCACCGAAGGAGGCGUCGGAGCGGCCGGCCGCCAUCUUGGUCUUGACACGCAUGCGGCUACUGACCCGCAGAUGAGCCAUCGUGGGGGCUGUCGCGUCACUGUCGGAGAUCCAGAACGUUCCUGGCGGCGGUGGUGGCAUUGAGCUCCCCCAACCCCAAACAAUAUGCCCAACGCCAGCCGCGCCGGGAACCUGAAGGACCCCGAGGUCGCAGAGCUGUUCUUCAAGGAGGACCCCGAGAAGCUGUUCUCGGAUCUGCGGGAGAUCGGACAUGGCAGCUUCGGGGCCGUUUACUUUGCACGGGACAUUCGAACAAAUGAGGUGGUGGCCAUCAAAAAGAUGUCCUAUAGUGGAAAGCAGUCCAUCGAGAAAUGGCAAGACAUAAUCAAGGAGGUCAAAUUCCUCCAGAGAAUACAACAUCCAAACAGCAUCGAGUACAAAGGAUGUUUUCUACGCGAGCACACGGCCUGGUUGGUGAUGGAGUAUUGCCUGGGCUCCGCUUCAGACCUCUUGGAGGUCCACAAGAAGCCUCUCCAAGAAGUGGAGAUAGCUGCGAUCACGCACGGAGCUCUGCAAGGCCUGGCCUAUCUCCACUCCCACAACAUGAUUCACCGAGACAUCAAGGCAGGCAAUGUCUUGCUGACAGAACCAGGCCAAGUGAAACUGGCCGAUUUUGGCUCGGCGUCCAUCGCCUCACCCGCCAAUUCCUUUGUGGGAACACCAUAUUGGAUGGCCCCUGAAGUGAUCCUGGCUAUGGAUGAGGGCCAGUAUGAUGGGAAGAUUGACAUUUGGUCACUAGGGAUCACUUGCAUUGAAUUGGCUGAGAGAAAACCUCCACUGUUUAAUAUGAAUGCAAUGAGUGCCUUAUACCACAUAGCACAGAAUGAGAGCCCCACACUGAUGUCAAGUGAAUGGACGGAAUAUUUCCGAAACUUUGUAGAUUCCUGUCUUCAGAAACUGCCCCAGGACAGACCCAACUCUGAAGAGCUGUUGAAGCAUGCCUUUGUACAACGCGAGAGGCCGGAGUCUGUGGUGUUGGACCUGAUCUCGCGGACCAAGGACGCGGUGCGGGAGUUGGACAACCUGCAGUACCGCAAGAUGAAGAAGCUCCUGUUCCACGAUGCACACAACGGGCCUGCAGCAGAGGCUCAAGACGACGAGGAGGAGCCGGAGAACAGUGCCGGGCGGACGGGCACUGUGAACAGCGUGGGCAGCAACCAGUCCAUCCCCAGCAUGUCCAUCAGCGCCAGCUCUCAGAGCAGCUCCGUCAACAGCCUGACAGACGCUGCCGAGGACAUGGAGCGAGACAAGACCGUCAUAUCCAACAGCUCCGUCAUCCACCUCAAACCGGAGGAAGAGGCCAACCAUGAAGACCCCGAGGCCAACGCGGGUCAACCCGAGUCCCAGUCCCCUUCUGUUCAUGUUCCAAGACCAAAACGCAACCGCGAGCACUUUGCCACCAUACGCACGGCUUCUCUGGUGACGCGGCAGAUGAAGGAGCACGAGCAGGACUCUGAGCUGCGGGAGCAGAUGUCGGGCUACAAGCGCAUGCGGCGGCAGCACCAGAAGCAGCUGAUGGCCCUGGAGAACAAGCUCAAGUCGGAGAUGGACGAACACCGGCUGCGGCUGGACAAGGAGCUGGAGAACCAGAGGAACAGCUUCGCCCAGGAGAUGGAGAAGCUGGUGAAGAAGCACCACGGCUCCCUGGAAAAAGACGCGAAAACCUUCACCAACGACGAGAAGAAGUUCCAGCAGCACAUCCAGAGCCAGCAGAAGAAGGAGCUCAACAGCUUCCUGGAGUCCCAGAAGAGGGAGUACAAACUACGGAAGGAGCAACUUAAAGAGGAGCUCAACGACAACCAGUCGACGCCCAAGAAGGAGAAGCAGGAGUGGCUGUCCAAGCAGAAGGAGAACUUCCAGCACUUCCAGGCGGAGGAGGAGGCCAACCUGAUGCGGCGCCAGCGGCAGUACCUGGACCUGGAGUGCCGCCGCUUCAAGAGGAGGAUCCUGACCGCCCGCCACAACAUCGAGCAGGACCUAGUGCGCGAGGAGCUGAACAAGCGCCAGACCCAGCGGGACCUGGAGCAUGCCAUGCUGCUGCGGCACCACGAGUCCAUGCAGGAGCUGGAGUUCCGCCAGCUCAACAACAUCCAGCGGCAGCGCACCGACCUGACCCGCCUGCAGCACCAGACGGAGCUCACCAACCAGCAGGAGUACAACAAGAGGCGGGAGCGCGAGCUGCGCCGCAAGCACGUCAUGGAGGUCCGGCAGCAGCCCAAGAGCCUCAAGUCCAAGGAGCUGCAGAUCAAGAAGCAGUUCCAGGACACGUGUAAGAUCCAGACGAGGCAGUACAAGGCGCUGAGGAACCACCUGCUGGAGAGCACGCCCAAGGCAGAGCACAAGGCCGUGCUGAAGAGGCUGAAGCAGGAGCAGCACCGCAAGCUGGCCAUCCUAGCGGAGCAGUACGACCACUCCAUCAACGAGAUGCUCUCCACCCAGGCGCUGCGUCUGGACGAGGCCCAGGAGUCCCAGUGUCAGGUGGUGCGCAUGCAGCUGCAGCAGGAGCUGGAGCUGCUCAACGCCUACCAGAGCAAGAUCAAGAUGCAGACGGACGCGCAGCACGAGCGAGAGCGCAAGCACCUGGAGCAGCGGGUGUCCCUGCGCCGCGCCCUGCUGGAGCAGAAGAUCGAGGAGGAGAUGCUGUCGCUGCAGAAUGAGCGCGUGGAGCGCAUCCGCAGCCUGCUGGAGCGGCAGGCCCGCGAGAUCGAGGCCUUCGACUCAGAGAGCAUGCGGCUGGGCUUCAGCAACAUGGCCCUGUCCAACCUCUCCCCCGAGGCCCUCAGCAACAGCUUCCCGGGGGCCUCAGGCAGCUGGAACCAGCACACGCCCCCCCGCCAGGUGGGGGGCUCCGCCCGGGGGUCGCCCUGGGGGGGCGGCAGCGGCGGCGGGGGCGUUGUGAUGGGCUCCGCGGGGAGCCACCAGGGCAACCACCACCACUACCACUCUAGCCCGGGCGGGGGGUCGCUGGGGCCCAGCUGGGGCCCCGGCAGCAUGCAGGCGGCCGGCACCCCCCAGCCCUGGGGGCACCCGGUGGGGGGGCACCUGCUGUCCCGGAACAGCGCGGGGGGCGGGCACAACAGCCCCCAGGCCCUGCGGAGGACUGCGUCGGGGGGGCGCGGUGAGCCGGCCAUGAGCAGGAGCGCCAGUGUCACCUCUCAGAUAUCUAACGGGUCGCAUCUGUCUUACACAUAGACACACGCAUGCAUACACCCCACCCCCCGCACCAGUCCACCCUGGGGGUCAGAGUCCGGUGAACUGAGGAGAGUCAGCUGGAGAUGUUUAGGCUCCGCUCACAACACAUUGCUCUCUCUCUCUCUCUCUCCCUCGCUUUCUCUCACCUUGACUCCCUGCCCCCCCUCCUACCCCGUGUACAGAUAGGGAUGUGUGGUGAAAUCAAUGUUGCUCAGGUCAAAAGGGCUGGGAUGACUCCACCCUUCCUCAAAGCAGUUUUCCAGCACACGUAUAGAUUCAGAAUUAGUUUUAACACCAACGUAGUGUCCACACUUAGCUUAAAUUUUUUUUUUUUUAAUUUGGAGAUCUCUUCAAUCAAAUUCCUUAUCAUUUAGAAUCUAUAUGUCGUGCUUUAUCUCAGCCAUUGCUCUCAUUUUGCACAUGAAACACUGUUGGAAAAAAAAAAAAAAAAGACAGCCUUUGACUUGUAUUAACUAUGUCCUUUACAAAUGUUGUGUGACGCAAUCACAGUGAGUUGAUCUUGUUCCCGACCCUAGUCCUGUUGGCCCCACGUCGCAGUCCACACACACAGUGCUCCGCUGUCUUUGCUGCCAGCCUGCUGUAUUGGUCAAUGCUCUGACGUUCAGUUGUCUUCCUAUAGUAUCAAAAGCUAAUACUUAGAGUUCCUCAGUCAUUCGCCAAAAUUAAGAUACGUUCGUGCCACCCCUUACUUUGUCCGGCUACGUUGUUUUGUUGCAACUGUUGCAGCUCAAAAAAGAAAUAUGUGCCUUUUCCUUUUUUUAAACCUGUGAUUUAUUAAACGCUGUUACAUAUUUAAGUGAUACAACUUAACUUAGUUGAAAUGGAUGCCAAUUUAUUUUGAAUGUUCAGAUUGCUUCAUAUCCACUCAAAUCUUAAGUUUGCAAGAUCCCAAAGUCUAAAUUGUAGUUUUCUUAUACUCAUUGUACAUAUGCAGUAAUGUGGGUGUUAUAUAAAGUUUUAUAAAAAUAUGAGGAAUAUAUCUCGAAUGAGCGAUACUAUCUUUCAAGGGUGAUGUUUUUAGAUUGUUCAGACUGCUUUGAUGAGGAGAAUGUUGCAUUCUAUGUGAUGGAUGGAGGAGACAGACUUGGUUGCCUUUUAAAAAAAGGACCCUUGGAUAUGUUUAUUUUAUGCGUGCCUUGUUAAACUGCUGCCUAUUUAAAGCACUUUAAACCUAUCUUUAUAUAUAUAUAGAUAUCUAUAUCUAGAUGUUUAUAGAUAUAUAUUUCUAUAUCUAUAUCUAUAGAUAUAGAUAUAUAAUUAGUUAUAAUAAUAAUAAUUUGCCUUGCAUAUUACCAAAUUCCCUGAAAGGCUUUUUAUUUAGAUGCCAUUAGGAAUUGGUCAAGGAAGUUUAUAUUAUGUUUCUUAAGAAUACUAUUUUUUAAACACAAGUUGGGUGUGGGGGAGCAACUAGCCAUAGCUGUCCAGAGAGUCUUCAGUUCAGGGUUUAUUUUUGACCUAAAGAUUACCCCAGACAUUGACGGUCACGUUGGGGAUAUUUUCAUUGAUCCUGGUUGAAAGUAGGGAGAGAAGCGAGGAUGUGUCUGAAAGAAGUGCCCGAACAUGCAAAUAGAUUUAUCGUGUAAAGCCAGAAACCUUGACCAUAACAGCAGGCUCGGCAAUGCAUCUGUGAAUAGAAAAUAAAUAACUUUAAAAAAAACGACACUGUUAAUGAAGAUACAAGUUUGGACCUGUGAAAUUAAACACUAAGGACUCAAAUAAAAAAACCUAUCUUCUUGCCUACAUAACGCAAAGGUGCAUGAAUCAAGCACAGUUUUUAGUGUUGCUUUUUAAGUAUGAAAGCAUUACGUUAAUUUAGCAGUGGUUGACAUUAAACCGUUUUUCUUUUUUUUUUUUUAUAGAUUUAGCAAUGCACUUGGGUAAAUUACUUAGUUGACCCAUGUUUGUUUCUCUCUCACUCAGCAUUUUAAAAUGAAUGCACUUAGCAGGUUUUGUGAGUCAUGAAAUGUGUUUGGAUUGCCCACCAUUUAAUCACAUCCCACCCCCUCAUCUGUCACUAGCUAACUAAUACCAGGGUUGAAUCAUGAAUAGGCCUAAACAUUAAUAAUCCAGAAUUACAUGGAAAGAACCUCCCAUAUAUCUCUGAGAUGGAGUUUUGUUAAUAUUGAUUUUUGUUUUCCUUCUCCAGAUAAAACUUUUUAAAACUAAACUUGCAUAAAGUAAAUAACUUUAAAAAAAAAAAACUAACCUUAUUUAACUUGCAGAAUACACUGAUAUUAUAUUAUAAAAGAAAAUGUUGGCUCUCAAAAUAAAAAUCCUAUUGAGUUGUCCAAAAGUAGUUUAUGGAAGAUAUUCUUGGUUUGUGUACAUCGAUACUACACUAAAUGCUUUAUUUGCAUGUAUUUGCUGUUUACUUUAAAAUGCCAUUUGCUUAGCCAACGGACCAUUAAGAUCAAAAUGAAACUCAGUCGAUUUCCUUCUUUGCUUUUAUUAAUUUCUUUCGUCCAUCUCCUCUUUGAGAUUCGAGCGGUCCCUAACCUUGUGGCCGUGCGUGAAUCCCUCACCCUUUCGCAUCCUUGUCAAGUGGUCAAGAAAUGCAAGACUGGUGUUUAUUUAUUUGAAUGGGUGGAUUGUUUUGUUUUGCUCUGCACUCGGUCAUCAGAGAGCUUUGGGUUUGUCAUAUUACAUACGUUGUGCGAUAGGUUUUGCUUCCCCAUAAUACCAAUAUACAACUUAUUUUUUUGUCUUAACACCCAUUGUCAAUAGCUUGAGCUAUUUGUGUAAUAAAACAGGUUCCAUUCAGGUUUUCUUUUGGUUGUUAGUAAAAGCGAUGGCGGACCAGGAGGGGGGGUGUAUUUAAGAUUAUGGGAAUUUUUGGGUCAAUUGUAUUAAUGUCAGGUCAAAACACAGUCAGAACGCCAACAAUAUCUGUGGUCCGUUCCCCGUUGUGUUUUCGUGCGAGGGAGUCCUAUUGUUGUGCAUAGGACCUCCUUCCACCCACCUGGACUUUUAUUUGUGUCACGAUUCUAAAGCUUGGUGUCCACUUCUGUCCUACUGACCGUAACGCAUUCAUUACCGCGUCAACCACCGCGGAACAGUCUGAGAUCCUCCCUCUCUGCUCCCAACACUGUGCCAUACCAAAACCCGACCCCACACACACACGCUCACAUGCUCAAACACACACACACACACACACACACACACACACACACACACACACACACACACACACACACACACUUGUCUUAUUUCCUUGGUUGAACUGUCUUUUAGUUUUUUACUGGGCUGACGGCAUGAGAUACACGAUGCAUAUAUUUAUAGACAAACCGUUGGCAGAGUUCUAAAGCAGUGGCGUGAAACGAUGAUGUGGUGACAGGCAAAUAUAUGAAAAGAGAUUGCAUUUCUUUGAAGAUGUCAGUAUUCUCGCCACAGCAUUACCACUACACCUUAAUGUACUCUGUCUUGAAAUGUAUAGAUGUUAUUGAAUGUCUGAAAGAUUAUAAGAUGAAACUUGUAAGAGUUAAACCAAGAAAAAAAGAAAUGGUGGAUUUAAGCAAAGCGAAUUACCUAGGAUCAAAUGUACCAUUUUGUUUGUAUUAUAAUUACUGUUGUAUUGGCAGAGGGAUAUUGAACAGAAAUCAGCUGUAAUAAAGUAAUUUUAGUAUAACUUGACCUGUGGUGCAAUUUUUUUUGUCUUGCAGUAUUAUUGUUCCAAAACAUUCCACUAGACUAUAGUGACACGUUAUCUGCAUAGAUUCAAUGACUCAAGUUGGUCGCCCAUGGUCGUUGGAGGAGAGGGAGUUAGUUGAAAUCAGGUUGGUGCCGUUGCGUACUGUAAUAUCAGGAUCAUGUUCUUCUGAUUACCUCUUAUUGUGUAAUGUCCUACUUUGAACAGUUUUCCUCAUAAAUUGGGUGGAGCCUUAAAGUGUGGUAUUUCACCUCACCAGAUCCUGUGUCGUUUACCACGUGGUUUGAGGUUUUCAUCGAAGGUGUCAACGUUUGCUUAUUUAGCUGUUUUACAAAUUGAAUAUUUAAAUUGUGAAUUCAAGCAUAGAAGAUUACUAA